AUGGCAGAAAAACGCGACCGCGAAGACACCCCUGACGCCCUUGACGACGAAGCAUGGUUUCGCCUCCGCGACGCCGCAAUCGCCGAACUCAGGGAGCAGAACCUGCGCGGCUUCCUCCGUGAAGUCAAGAGGCAAAGGAACCAAGCAAGGAAGAAGCAACGCCGAUCGACGACCUCACCACGACGCAAGACCGGCCCGGACUGGAUGCACCGCACCCGCUUCUCCCGCUCCCAGGACCUAUAUGAGUUUCGUCCGGCUCAUAUCGUGCUUGACCACUUUGUGGAGAGGACAUUGGAGGGGUUCUCGGAUAAGAUGUGCAACGACCCAGCGACGUUUGUCAUCAGGCAAGGGAAUUUAGGCUUUGUCGCCUUCCGGAAACCGGACGGCACAAUGGCGCGUACUGCGUUCUGCGACACUUGCUGCGUUCAAGGCGUGACUUCAGGCAGGCAUUUAUUAGAAGAAUGA